CAGAGCACAUACAUUUAGGUUAGAACAGGGAAGACAGAAACAGACCUAAAACAACAAGUGCGUUAUGCAACCCUGUCCAAGAUGAUAUUACUUUUAGUUGGUCUUUUCCUUGGGAACAUUCCUUCAUUUGCAUUUUCUGCAUCAUCCCAGCCAAAAAUUAACUGCCUUAUCAUAAAUCUGGACUAUGUUAAUUGCACAUGGACUGAGCAUGAGCACAAUUACAGUUUCAAGAGCAGGUUUACUCAUAAAGAAAUUCUGGAUUGUCCAAAUUAUCUCAGGAUUGAUGGUGUUAACGUGGGCUGCGUGUUCCCCUACGAAAAACCACAACGGUUUAAUACGUUAAAAACAUGGCUGUACAGUGACAAUGGCGGUUUGGUGACAGAGCAGGAACAUAAUCUCAAAGCAUAUGUGAAGCUUUACCCUCCGGUCAACCUGUCUGUGGUGGAGAAAAAAGAUGCUGAACUGUGGCUGUACUGGAAUAUUACAAAGAACGACAGCUGCAUUGAGAGUGAAGUUCGUCACAGGACAGACAACAAUGCGUGGAAGAGCACCACUCCAGGCCACAGGACCUCCUUCAGUUUGCCUUUUCCCUCAAAAAAACGCUAUGAGUUCCAGGUCCGGGCUCGAAUAGAGUCAUCCUGCGGAGAGUCCAAGUUUUGGAGCGACUGGAGUGAGCCUGUCUACUGGGGAUAUUUAAAGACCAACAACACCUCAGGUAAAUUAUCUUAUCCGUAUUACAAGUCUCUCAGUGCUUUAUCUGCCUGUAACUUUACAUCGAACUCGAAAUGGCGUGACGCCUUGCCUGUGCGCGCUCUCGCACUCGCGCAACCACUACUGGAUGUGUUUUAA